AGAGAUUAUUGAAUAAUCAUGGCGGACACAGGAGACGUUGCUGUCAUAUCUAACACAGAAAAUGUCGCUCAAGCUGCGCAAAAUGGAGAUCCUGCACAAGAAGCACAACAGCCAGCUCAGCAGCAGGGAUUUUUUGGUAUUGUGAAAGGUCUUGUCAUUAGGAUGGCGAUUAUCUACAUGAUCAGUAGCUUCUUCCGUAGGGGAAGCACACCAACCACGCCUCCAGCUGAUGGCUCUAACCCUAGUGCGGGAGCAAGCACUGGUGGAUAUGUCUACACAACCAAUCAAUUUGAAAAGGGCACAUUUUUGGACAUGUAUGUGUACAUCACAGAGCUUGAAAAAAUGAAUAAUUUCUCAGAGGAUUCCCUGUUCUGGGCAAAGAAAGGGCUGAUGUAUGGUGACUGGGAGGCGGGACCCAAUGGAGAUGGCACAUUUGAGUACUCAGGGAAAAUACCAGCUUCACCUACUGUACAAAACAAUGGUUCUCUCUACCUACAUGUGUAUGUUGUUAAGGAAGGAAAUUCACCAGAUCCUAAAAAUAAAGGAAGAUAUAGCAAGAGGGAUACAGUUUACAGAUCUAUAAGAUUGAACAAGUUCAAGAAGAGAAAGUUCCAUGAGACGAAGAAUCUGCUCACCGGGGAGACUGAUGUUCAUCCUGAUCUCAUCAAGAAGGAGAACUCAUCUAGUUUUGAGAUCCUUUCCCAUUGGCAUCCAAACAUGACCUUGAAUUUGCUAGAUGACCACACCUCUUGGGUCAGAGGUCAGAUACCAGCACCACUCGAUGAAUUUGUAGAGUUUGUGCCCGGUACAAUCAACAAGUACUGGCCAGUGCUGUACUUCAACAACUACUGGAACCUGAACAGCGAGUACAUGCCCAUAAAUGAAACUGUGAAAGAGUUGAACUUAACGCUGACAUACAGCCCUAUAUCGCUGUUCCGUUGGCAGAUGUAUGCGGCGCAGAACAUGCGUAACAAGUGGACCAGUAUGCUUGGCUCCGAUAUGGGCGAUGAAGACAGUGAUCAGGAUUCACUCAAGACUGCUGUCCUGGAGACCAACCCCUAUCUGCUAGCUUUGACCAUUAUAGUCUCCAUUAUUCACAGUGUGUUUGAGUUCCUUGCAUUUAAAAAUGAUAUCCAGUUCUGGAAAAGUAGGAAGUCUCUGGAGGGUUUGUCCGUCCGUUCAGUGUUCUUUAACGUAUUCCAGUCCGCUGUUGUCGUCUUGUAUGUGCUUGAUAAUGAAACUAACACAGUCGUCAGGAUCAGUGUGUUUAUAGGUCUUGCUAUUGAGAUAUGGAAAAUACACAAAGUCAUAAAUGUCAAGGUGGACAGAGAGAAUAAACUGUUAGGGUUGAUACCAAGAGUGAGUUUGGAAGACAAGUCCACAUAUACAGAGUCACAAACCAGGGAAUAUGAUAGAUUGGCGUUCAGGUACCUGUCAUGGCUUCUGUACCCACUACUGGCCUGCUAUGCUGUGUACUCUGUUGUCUAUGUGGAACAAAGAGGCUGGUACUCAUGGGUACUCAAUAUGAUGUAUGGUUUCCUACUCACUUUCGGUUUUAUCAUGAUGACACCACAGCUGUUUAUCAACUAUAAGCUGAAGUCUGUCGCCCAUCUUCCAUGGAGAAUGUUGACGUACAAGGCACUCAAUACCUUCAUUGACGAUAUAUUUGCAUUUGUUAUAAAAAUGCCGACCCUCUACAGAAUAGGAUGUCUUAGAGAUGACAUCAUCUUCUUCAUAUACCUCUACCAGAAGUAUAUAUACAGGGUGGACCCUACAAGAGUCAAUGAGUUUGGGGUCAGUCAAGAAAUGUUGGAGGAAAACGGGGAGGCCAAGGCCAUAAAAGAUGGCGUCGAGGACAAGGGAGAUAAUUCUGAUUCUAAGGAUGAUAACUCUGUAGAACCUGAGGAAAUUCCUGCGAUGCCAAAAUCAGCGGAAGAAAAGAAAAAGGACUGAUGUGUUAUGACAGCGUUAGAAUUCUGUGUUUUAUAGUAUGGUCGCAGAGAUUAUGUUUGUAGUCGAUUUGGAAGAAAAAGGUUUUAUAAAGAUGUUAAACUUUUAGGAUUUUUGUAUUAAAGAUAAAGAGUUUUAAUAGUGUUCCUACUGUUAAGACUAUGAAGGGAGAAUUUCUGAUUAUUGUCAAACUUUGUUAUUUGAUCAGUUGUCUUUCCACUUUCCACUGUAGACCGAAGUUUUUGUCAGUCAUUUUGUGUCAGUAGAGUCUAUUAAGACUUUUAAAAAUUGUUGUUACUUUGCACAUAAUCCCCAAAAUCGUUAUUUAAUUCUGUAUUGUGUUCAUGUUUACUGUUACAUGUAUGACCAUAAACUUGUAACUGAAAGUAGCAUAAAAUGUUGAUACAAAUAUUUAUAAAAUAUUUGAUAUUAUGGUUGCCUGUGUUUCCCAAUAGAAAUGUCAUCACCUUUCUUGUAGUGCACAUAUUGUAUAAAACUGUUUUGAUAAGGUUUUAUCACCAGGCCCUAAAUAUCAUGAAAAUACUUCAAGUAAUUUCUCAGCCUCGAUUUCUACUCAUUUUUACUAUGUUAAAACAUAGCCUGGUUCAAAAUCUUAAAUGUUGUACUUACUACUCUAUUUAAAACAAACCAUUUUGUUACAGAUGUUGAAACAAAUAUUUGGUCAAUAAUGUAAGACAUAUUUCUUGAAAAAAAGUGUUUCAGAAAUUGCACCAUUUUUUUAAAUUUGUACUCCUAUUGUUUUAAGCAUAAUAAAUGACACCAUAUUUGGAUACCAAAACGUGAUAAUUAUAAAAUAUUUAGAAAUAGACACAUAAAUCAGAAUUUCAGAAACACAAUUUAUUUUCUUUCUCCAUUAUAUGGUACAUUUGAUAUUUAUUGGGGUUCUUACGUUCAGGAUUAGUCCUUAUAUCAGAACUGAGAGGUUUAAACAAAAGACUAUUGUACAGUUGUAAAGAUUGUUUGCUUUUUGUUUGGACAUUUGCAUUAAAAUAGUAGGAAGUAUCUUGAAAGGAAUAUAAAUGACUUUGGAAACAAUUUUAAAAGGGGUUUAAGACCCUUUACCCUGAAUGCCUCAUAUAGACCCCAGAUAUCUUUCAGAACUGACAGUAAUCAGCUGUAAGAACUCAUGUUUUAAUUAACUAACUUGUUUUCUGAUACUUGAGUCUUUUUUAACUUACAUGUAUAACAGUUGUAAUGGAAAAUCCUGAGACUUCACCUAUUUUGACUGUCAAAUAUUAGUACCUAGCAGAAUAUGACCUAUGUACCUUAUACUUAAACAGAGGAAUUAUAAUGCUGUUAAGAACACAACUUCUUGGGGUCACUGCCUCCCUCUACUGUCUGGCAGAGACUCAAUCUGUCAUGGAAAUUUUGAUAUAAUCUUAAGGAAUCCUAUGUACAAAUUAUCUCUAUUCCAUCAGCCAUUGAUAAUAAUGCGACUUUUUGAAACCUGGUGAGCCUGUAUAACUUUGUUCUCAUUGGCAAGGGUAUGGCUUUGUAAUUGCUUAUUUGUAAAAUAAA